AUGGCAACCAAGCCGCGCAUCAUCCUCGGGCUCAUGACGUUCGGGCCCGACGCCAACACGGGCGCGCGGCUGACCGACAUCAACGACCUCAAGACGGCGCUGGAUGUGUUCGAGAAGCGCGGCUACAAGGAGCUGGACACGGCGCGCGGCUACUGCAACGGCCAGCAGGAGGCCUUUACCCGCGCCGCCGGCUACGAGGCCAGGGGCCUGGCCAUCGGCACCAAGGUGUACCCGAUGCCGCCGGGCACGCACCGGCCCGACGUCCUCACGCAGCAGUUCGAGACCAGUCUCAAGGAGCUCGGCACUGACUGCGUCGAUAUUGCCUACCUUCACGCGCCGGACCGCAGCGUGCCGUUCGCCGACACGCUGGCAGCCAUGGACGCGCUGCACAGGGCGGGCAAGUUCAAGCGGCUGGGGCUGAGUAACUACGCGGCGUACGAGGUGGCCGAGAUGGCGCUGACGUGCGCGGCGCGCGGGUGGGUGCGGCCGAGCAUCUACCAGGCCGUGUACAACGUGCUGCAGCGGGGGAUCGAGGGCGAGCUGCUGGCGGCGUGCCGGCGGUACGGGCUCGAGGUGGUGGUGUACUCGCCGACCGUGGCCGGCUUGCUGGCCGGCGCGGUGCGCGACGCCGGCGCGGUGCCGGCCGACGGCCGCUUCUCGGACAAGUUCUUUGGCGGCAUGAUGCGCCACACGUACUUCCGCGACUCGACGUUCGCCGCCGUGGCCGCCGUGCGCGCCGCCGCCGACGCCCACGGCAUCUCCGCCAUCGAGGCAGGCCUGCGCUGGCUCGCCCACCACUCCCAGCUCGACUUUGCCCGCCGCGACGGCAUUGUCGUUGGCGUCUCCAGCCUGACGCACCUCGACGACAACCUCGCCUUCCUGCUCGACCGCGGGCCGCUCCCUGAGGCCUUGGUCAAGGCUCUCAACAAGGCCUGGCUCAUUGCCAAGCCCGAGACGCCCGCGUAUUGGCACUUUGAUUUGAAGUACGGCUAUGAUGCCGAGGAGGUCUUGUUUGGCAAGGGGGCCAAGUGA